AUGCCAGGCGCGUCAAGCGCAUCCAGCGCGCUCUCAGCAGCCAUCAUGUCCCCAUUCGCCACCCGCAGGUCACGUCAGCAACACUCACCGCCCCCAUCCGGCGUAGACUCGUGCUACGGCGUCCGAAGCCUAGAAGGCAGCGUCAGCUGGAGCGAACCAGGUGGAAGCGGCACAACCACCGACACUAGCGACCCCGAACCAAGCGACGAGGACGACCGCUUCACAGAGCCGCCCACUGUUGAGCGCGACUCCACACCCAGCUCGGAUCGCACUAUCGCGGGGCACGACGAGGAUGCCGAACGCGCACGCGUCGUGGCCGAAGCCAUCGAGUCCCGUCUCACAGACACCACGACCACACCACCACCACCUCCUCCUCCCCCGCUUCUGCCUUCCCACACGGAUGCGGAUACGGGGCGCGAUAACGCGUCACUCUUGAUGCACGCCAAGCCGCCGCUGGAUCCCAGAUCGCACGACAGUGGUGCCCAUCUCGCCGCCAGCGUUCCCUUGGUGGGGCUGCUGUCACCUGCUCGUCCGCCAACCAUGACGUCUUCGCCAACGGCUUCGCUGCAAGCGUCCCUGUCCAGCUUGCCGCCACCCGCAGCGCCCUCGCCACUGCUCCAUUACUCGCAGACACCGUCAUCACCCAACGCUCAACGCUCGCCACAGCGUGGCGAACGCCCAUCUCCCCUCACACCAGCUUCCCACGCCUUGUUCGACAUGCUCGCCGACGCGCCCAGCGAGCCCGGAUCCCCGGCGUCGCUGGCGUCCUUCCCAUCGUAUGUGGCUUCUACAUCGUCGCUGUCGCGCAUCUCGUCCCCCGCAGACUGGGACUGGCGGCACCCGCUGUCACGCAGCAUUGGCGCAUUCGACUCGGAGCAUGAGCACGAACAUGAUGGCCAACAGGCCGCUGACCACUCGGGGUCCGCCGAGCUCGUCCUCCCGACUCUGGCCCUUCCCAACACAUCGCUCCAUCUCGGCCUCGACCGCCACGCCGGCCCAGGCCAAGGUACACGUGUCGCCCUGCUCGCCGGCCCAGAGCACACGCGCGACGUGCUUGGCGUGCUUGCCAGUCGCCGCUCGUGUGUGCAGCUCCCGCACGGCGAGGUCGGCGUCGUCGGCGAGGCGGGACUCGAGGCCACGAUCGUCACGGGCCUGCAACCCAGUGACAUCCAGCGACGCGCACACGACGCGUACAUUGGCCUGCACGCGCUCCUCAACCCGUCCCCGACGGCGUCGCAGCAGUCCGAGCUCGAAGCCAUGGUCAGGACAUACGCGACGAGCAAGGACUGGAUCCACCUCGCCGUAGACCUUGAAGAUGACGAAGAAGCAACCGACAUGAUCGAUCUGGUGCCCUACACCACCCUCGAUAUCGAGGCCCAGCGCCUCGCCGACGCCGCUCAUUCCGUCGACACGUCGCCCGCAUCCCUCUCCCCGACCUCGUCCAUGAGUAUCCCCGACCGCACACCCACGAGCCACUCUGGGGCGUCCACGCCACUCUCUGAGCGCGCCAUCGACGACACACCACGCCCAAUGUCGGAUAUUGUCGCCUCGUGGCCCACGACGCUAAAGGCUUCGCAACAGUCGACGGUGGUGGAGGAGGAAGAGGAAGCGGCGGCAGGUGCCGCGCCGCAGCAGUCAAUGUACUCGGAAUACGGGCCCGAGGACCAUGACGACUCUGUCCUGCAGGCCGUGGCCCUCCUCGAGCGAAUCCUUGACGAGCCUAUUCGCGUCCACGCCGCCUCGGCUAUCGCAUUCUUCAGCUGGCGUCCCAGCCCGCUGCCCGCCAUCGCCUCACCUCUCACUGGACCAUACACGUCCCCAGCAUCGUCCACGUUUGAGGGUACGGGUCCCAUGCCGACCGUCGCGCGCGCGCAGGGUGGCGGAGAGUGGGAAGCCACACUCUCACGCCGGCUCGCGCACCGCCGCGAGCUCGACGCGGCCGCCAGCUCGCGCGGCGGCAGUGCGUCUGGACAGAGCCAGCGCGCGCGCGGCCGCGGCACCCGCCGUCGCCGCAGCCACUCGCCGCCGACCAAACCGCCCUGCCCGACCCCGCUGUUCCCGCGCGGCCACCGCACCAUCGCGUCGUCCGUCGGCCUCGUCGACCUCUUUGACGGCAUGUUCUCGGGCGUCAGGCGCUUUGCGCAGACCCGCUGGGGCCAGGUCUUCUUUGCGUGCGCGAUUGCCGUCGCCGUCGGGUGUGGAUACUGGGCCGUCCGCACCCACGCGUAG